AUGGCUCCAGUGGCACUACAUGGCACGAGUCAGUCAUUGCUACAGCUCCUACGUAGUGCAAGUGGUAAUCUAUGGGAGGUUUGCAUUGGUUUGGAGGUACAUGCGCAGAUUUUGAGCCGCUCGAAGCUCAUGAGUGGAGCUCCAACAGCUACAUUAGCGUCCGCAAGACCCAAUCGUCAAGUCAGUUUCUUUGAUGCAGCACUACCGGGGACGCUACCAGUGAUCAAUCGUGAGUGUGUGCAUCAAGCAAUUCGUACGGGCCUAGCAUUGGAUGCUACGGUUCAUUUACGCUCUUUAUUUGAGCGCAAACACUAUUUCUAUUGCGAUCUACCAUUGGGUUAUCAGUUGACACAACAGCGAGCACCAGUGGCAUCUGGAGGAACGUUGUAUUUUGAUUUGCCAACGUAUGCACUUGCGAACGAACAUGAAAAUGCUUGGAACGAUGACGAGCCGACGUUUGAUGUCUCCAAGUAUAAAUCAAGGAAAGAGAAGAACGAGGCAUUGAAUAAGUGGAAGAUGCAGCAGGCGACGAAGAAAAAGCAUAUGAAGGGAGUGAUACAGCGAAGUGUACGGAUUACUCGGAUUCAGCUUGAGCAGGAUUCAGGAAAAAGUAAUCAUGAUCUAGAAGAGAACAAUACGGUUGUGGACCUGAACCGUGCUGGUACGGCACUGCUGGAAAUCAUAAUGGAACCAGAUCUUCGAAGUCCGUUGGAAGUAGGCCAAGUCAUGCGCCAACUGCAGCAUUUGUUGCGUCAUUUGAAUGUGUGUGAUGGCAAUAUGGAGGAAGGAUCAAUGCGUUGUGACUUGAAUGUGAGUGUGCGGCCGGCAAAUCAAAGAGAGAACGCGGAUGCGGAGACUCUUCACCAAGCGUUGACAUCCAGCAUUGCGGCUCCUUUCGGCGAAAGAGUGGAGGUGAAGAAUAUGAACAGCAUUCGCAACAUGAUGCGUGCAGCAGAGUACGAAGCAAGAAGGCAGAUUGCGCUCAUAGAGAAAGAGGGUGGAGAGGUGCAUCGCGAGACACGUUCUUUUGAUGCUGCUACUGGAGAAACUAAACGUAUGCGGUCAAAGGAGGGAGCAACGGACUAUCGAUUCUUUCUCGAACCGGACCUACCUCCGCUUGUUUUUACGGAUGAACUCAUUGAGAAGAUCCGUAACAGAAUGCCAGAACUUCCUGAUGUGCUAAGACGUCGACUGUGCGUGCAGUACGAUCUUACACCAUAUGAAAGCUCAGUGUUGGUGAACGAGCCUGGUGCAGCCCACUACUUUGAGUCAAUUGCGACACAAGACACUCGACCGUCAAAGAUGGUAGUGAAUUGGGUGUUGAACGAUUUGUUUAGACACUUGAAAGCAUCCAACAGCGACAUUGUCAGCUGCCCCGUGCAAGCCACGGAGCUUGGCGCUCUCAUUGAUCUUAUUCAGGACGGCACUAUAUCGGGCAAAAUCGCCAAGGAUGUACUAGAGCUCAUGUUUUACGACAAUACGCCAAAGAAAACACCGCUGCAAAUUGUGGAAGAAAAGGGAUGGAAGCAAAUUCAGGAUCCCAACGAGAUUUAUGCACACUGCCGAGCUAUUCUCAAUGAUCCCAAAGCAGCAAAGAACCUUGAGGCGUACUGGAAAGGCAAGACACAGCUUUUUGGAUUCUUUAUCGGUCAGUUGAUGAAGCGCUGCGGCGGCCGUGUUCAUCCGGAGCUUGCAAACAGCAUUAUGCAAGAGGUGCUCGAAGAAAACAAACAAUCGAUGGACAUAGACAAAAUACAGUAG